GACCUUUCAAAAAAAAUGAAUUCUUUUGCUGACCACUCACAGCAAGCCACAUGGAUCCAAAACCAUCCUCACAUACUAAAUAGUCACCAUUACCGACUAGCUAAUAUCUCUGCACUGCAACACAAAUUAUGGCUCUGAAUCUGAUUCUAAUGGCGAGUUCAACACGCGCCACUUUUCCAUCGCCUAAAUCCUUCAGUCCACGGCAGUCAAAGCACAUUACCUCCCUUAAUCUUCCUCGCCGAUGCAGCACUACGUUAUCGUUACCGUUAUCCCUCUGCAACAUCGACAUUUCGGUUAAUCCAUUCUUCAGACCUUCAGUUCUCAGGAUCAGAAGCAGCUUUGCUCGGGAAGAUUCUGGAAAUUUAGAACCUGAAAACAAUAGUUUAGAUGGACAGAAUGAAAUAUUUAGGUCUCAGAAUAAUAAUAGUAAUAAUAAUGGUAGUGUUUCAUCAGGAAAUUCACUUUUGAUUAUAUUAGGGGUUGCUGUGGGUAUAGCUGCAAUUAUUACAAUAACAUCAAUUGGUUUAAAAAGGCCUAGUGGUGGCGGUGGUGGUGUUAGUUCUUUCUUUGGAGUUCAGUGUCUGGCUGAAAGCUCGGCAUCCUCGGCUUCUGGUUCUGUUGGUUUCAGUUUCAAAGCUUUUGGAUAUAGAAUUAUACUUCCUGAAUAUGCACCAGGAUGGAUUUAUUUUUGGCUGCUCAUGGCUGCUGGUUGUGGACUAUUCGUCAGUGAGGAGGCAUUAAAUGUUUGGGUUGGUAUAUCCUUAUCACGGAUGCUGACUCUGGACGGAACAUGGCAAUCUUUUGUUGAAUCUUUCUCUCGAAAUGCUCCGUAUAUUAUGUCCACGGUUCUGUGGGUAUACUGGGGAGUUUGUAUCAGUGAUAUGAUACCAUUUUACCUGGGGAAGCUUUUUAGGGAAAGUGGGACAACUGGUGACAUUUGUUCAAAGUUAGGUAUUGGUGAAGAGAAGGCGCUGAGCAUUUCAAAUACGGUGCGAAAAUAUGGCAACCUUGCCGGCCUUGUGGAGCGGUUUUCCCUUGGAGUAAGAAAUCCUACUGGUUUUCUGGCGGGAACGAUGGGUGUAUCUCCAGAAAUUUUCUUUGCUGGAGUUUGCGGUGGUUGCUUGAUCACCCUUCCACUUCAGCUAGGGAUUGGAUAUCUAUUGAGGGAACGCCCUGUGGUUGCCCUUGCCACAGUUGCCUCUGUAGUGGGCAUUUGGACCAUAUUCCCCUAUGCUGUGGCUGCUGUAACUGCAUUAUUCCUUUACCUGCAAGGUCGUUCCUCUACCUAGCUUCACACAAAUUCGUUCAUCAUUAGGAAUAGUGCAAGAGAAAUGAGAAGAAGAGCAAAUAUGGUUCCUCCAGCUGCACCAAGUAUAAUUGCCAUAUGAUUGAUCUUGUUACGACUUUUCUUGGUAAAAAUUGUAACUUGUGGUGUUUCUAUCGUCGGAUUAGAUGAAAUGUCGCUGCACGACAAAGUCGAGAAGGAAAGACAUGGAUUUCCUGAUGUCCUGCAAUAUGGUUGCUGCAUCAGAAUUCUUACUUACAGAAACAAAAAGAUCAAGAAAAUGUAUUUCGUACCUCACUUCCAAACUUUCUCUGUUUAGAGACUGUGGAAGACUGCCCUCCAGUUUAUUGUUUUCCAGGUUCCUGCAGAAUGCAAGAGAGUGAUUACUACUUGGUGCUUAAUUUAUUAAACUGUCUCGAUGCGGACUAAUAAACUUUAACGGGUCAUAACUUUCAUUGAGAGUGGAAUUACGAGGCCUAUAACCACAAUUGACUGAUAUGUUGCCCAAAAAUUUUAUUUUUUAAAGGCAUUUCUUGAGCCGUUAAAGAUUUC